UUUAUUUUUGAAUCUGCGUGAGCACGAUAACAGUCAGUGGUUUAGUGAGUCAGAAUCAGCAGCAGUUUAUUUCAUCACAGCAGUGAGUUGAGAGGAGGAAAGGGAAGAGGUGGAGCUGACUAUAAACCUAGUAUAUUUCAAGAGUACAAGACAGCAGAGAAAAGCAGCAGAUAAACUCAUGCCAGAAAACUUCUGACAGCAGAAGAACUCACUAAUUUACAAGAGCUGGAGUAUAUGAUGAUGACGAUGAUGAUGAUGAUGAUGAUGAUGAAGACAUUUCUGUUCUUUACUAUCUUCCUGAUUGAAGGUAAGAUGCAUGUUCAUGUACAGCAUCACAUCUUAUAUGAAGGCAGAUUUCUACUGAGCUCAAAUCAUGUGUGUGUGUUUACGUCUGGUCUUUAUUGUGCAUUGUUUUUUAAAUGUAUUGUUAUUAGGUCAAGAGGCUCUUAAUAGAGGAAGUGUAUUUUUAUUGACAGGUCACAUGGGCGAUGAGGCUGUUAGUGUGACUGGCGUUGCAGGCGGAAGUGUCAUCUUCAACUUUCAAUACAAAGACAAAAUAAGUGUGGAGAGGUUUUGCAGAGAUGCAGAUGACGAAUGUAUUCAAGCACAGAGUCAUUUAUGGCUCCCAGAGGAGAAACUCACCAUGACUGACAAUAAAUCUGUGAACUAUCUUAGUGUGCUCAUCAGAAACCUGACCGUCAAUGACAGUGGAACUUAUGAAUGGAAAGACAACAAGGACUGGUCUAAGGAGGUGAAGUUAGUUGUUCAACAAGAGCCGUGUUGUGGGAGAUCAGAGGAACAGACUGCGUAUGUACAGGGAACUGCUGUCAUCCAUUGCAGAUAUCCAAAAACCAAUCACGAUUAUUCCAAGCAGCUGUUCAAAGAGCAGAAUGGAUCACUGGAGGCUAUAUUUACAUCUAGGGAAGCCAGUGAUCCAAGAUUUUCUAUUAAUCUGAAUCAUGGCGAGGAGCACUUCUUUACUGUGACUCUUACUAAUGUGAGCAGACAUGAUGAAGGACUUUACUUCUGUGCUGCUCAUGGAAAGAUGUCGAUUCGCUACAGUCUGCUUUUCACUGAGAUUCAACUUCAUGUUACAGAUGCUCCAGUUCAGUCUGAUCUCUCCGUCCUCAUCAUUACAGUGUCUGUGUGUGUGAUCCUGCUGUUCGCUGCAGGACUGAGUCUGUUUGUUCUCCGGCGGAGAUGCACAAAGACAAAAGGUUCAAAAUCUUCAGAUCAGAGAAGCACAGUAGAGAUUGAUGAGAUCAACUCCUCUGUUUAUUACUCAUCAAUCAAAGAGCAGUGUGUUCAGAAGCCUGUGAGUAUGAACACGGUUUAUGCCACGGCACAAUUACCCACAGUCCUCUCUGACAGUGAUCCCUACACACUCGCUAUGAAGAGCUGAAUCCGCAAUACACUCUCUCUGUUUAUAUAUGUGGCCACUUUUUGUAUGAAAACAUGUACAUCUGUAUGUAUUUUUGCUGGUAAUAAAUCAAAAUAAAAUUGUCUUGAUAGAAAAUGAACUGUUUGUGUUGCCUUUGCAAGGAAUAAAUGAUGACGGACUGUUGAAUUAUUUGUAAAUAAUCUACACCCAGGGUGGUAAAAUGUUGUUUCUAUUGUAAAUGUGUUUUCUAUUAUACUAUUUGGUUGUUGAAUGCUUGAUUCUGAUUGGCUGAUGAGCGUUCUAAGGCAUGCCGAUAUUGAUAAAUCACAAAUAAAGUAGCUCCGGCUGAUUUAGAGCACAUUACAUCAGCUCUUUAUCACUCCGCUGAUUUGAGUUUAUUCACAGCUACAACAGUCAGAAAUUAUAACAAAACACAAGAGAAAACCCUGACUAAUAAAGUCUCAUAUUAAACAUCUCAACGGUGGAACAGCUUCGGGAACCGCCGGUGAAUAAGCAGAGUUAUUAGAGACCAGGCUGGAGGAUUAUUAGACAAUAUUGCACACCUGAGGUGUUUCUGCCACUCUGCUUUACCAUCUAAUGUGUGCAUUAUUUCCUAAUAAUUUAACAGUUUCCUUUAGGUAUUAAAUUGACUGGAGUCGAUUGUUUUAAAGUGUAGCGGUCAGCAGAGGGCGCUCCUGCUGCAAACACACAGUAAACGUCAUAGAGGGAGAGAGAGACAGA